CCGGGCGCUCGCUCCCUGCCGAGCGCUUGUCGCCCGCCCGAGCCUUUGCCAGGGGAUGAGGUGGGAGGCGCUAGAAACCACUUAGCUACAGCCAACCGCCCAAUGCAGCACUCGCUCGCUCCCCCCGCCAGCGGAAGCGCCCGCGGAGCACAAUGCAGCACUAAGCCGCGGUGGAGGCUGCAGCGCCACGGCCGCCGCAGCACCGGCUGGGGCUGGGAGGAGGUGGCCGUGGGGAGCCCAGGGGCGCGGAGUGAGGGAAACGGACUCGGCGGCCCCGGCAUGAGGAGCUGAGCGUUUCGGGCGAGGCGGGCUGACGGCAGCACCAUGCAGGCGGCGGUGGCUGUGUCCGUGCUCUUCUUGCUGCUCUGCGCUCUGGGGACCUGCCCCCCGGCGCGCUGCGGCCAGGCAGGAGACGCCUCAUUGAUGGAGCUAGAGAAGAGGAAGGAAAACCGCUUCCUGGAGCGCCAGAGCAUCGUGCCGCUGCGCCUCAUCUACCGCUCCGGCGGUGAAGACGAAACUCGGCACGAUGCGCUCGACACGCGGGUGCGGGGCGACCCCGGCGGCCGGCAGUUGACUCAUGUUGACCAAGCAAGCUUCCAGGUUGAUGCCUUUGGAACGUCGUUCAUUCUUGAUGUCGUGCUAAAUCAUGAUUUGCUGUCCUCUGAAUACGUAGAGAGACACAUUGAACAUGGAGGCAAGACUGUGGAAGUUAAAGGAGGAGAGCACUGUUACUACCAGGGUCAUAUCCGAGGAAACCCUGCCUCAUUUGUUGCAUUGUCAACAUGCCAUGGACUUCAUGGGAUGUUCUAUGACGGGAACCACACAUAUCUCAUUGAGCCAGAAGAAAAUGACACUACUCAAGAGGAUUUCCAUUUUCAUUCGGUUUACAAAUCCAGACUGUUUGAAUUUCCCUUGGAUGAUCUUCCAUCUGAAUUUCAACAAGUAAACAUUACUCCACCAAAAUUUAUUUUGAAGCCAAGACCAAAAAGGAGUAAACGGCAGCUUCGUCGAUAUCCUCGUAAUGUAGAAGAAGAAACCAAAUACAUUGAACUGAUGAUUGUGAAUGAUCACCUUAUGUUUAAAAAACAUCGGCUUUCCGUUGUACAUACCAAUACCUAUGCGAAGUCUGUGGUGAACAUGGCAGAUGUAAUAUAUAAAGACCAACUUAAGACCAGGAUAGUAUUGGUUGCUAUGGAAACCUGGGCGACUGACAACAAGUUUGCUAUAUCUGAAAAUCCAUUGAUCACCCUACGUGAGUUUAUGAAAUACAGGAGGGAUUUUAUCAAAGAGAAAAGUGAUGCAGUACACCUUUUUUCGGGAAGUCAAUUUGAGAGUAGCCGGAGCGGGGCAGCUUAUAUUGGUGGGAUUUGCUCGUUGCUGAAAGGAGGAGGCGUGAAUGAAUUUGGGAAAACUGACUUAAUGGCUGUUACACUUGCCCAGUCAUUAGCCCAUAAUAUUGGUAUUAUCUCAGACAAAAGAAAGUUAGCAAGCGGUGAAUGUAAAUGCGAGGACACGUGGUCCGGGUGCAUAAUGGGAGACACUGGCUAUUACCUUCCUAAAAAGUUCACCCAGUGUAAUGUUGAAGAGUAUCAUGACUUCCUGAAUAGUGGAGGUGGUGCCUGCCUUUUCAACAAACCUUCUAAGCUUCUUGAUCCUCCUGAAUGUGGCAAUGGCUUCAUUGAAACUGGAGAGGAGUGUGACUGUGGAACCCCGGCCGAAUGUGUCCUUGAAGGAGCAGAGUGUUGUAAGAAAUGCACCUUGACUCAAGACUCUCAAUGCAGUGACGGUCUUUGCUGUAAAAAGUGCAAGUUUCAGCCUAUGGGUACUGUGUGCCGGGAAGCAGUAAAUGAUUGUGAUAUUCGUGAAACAUGCUCAGGAAAUUCAAGCCAGUGUGCCCCUAAUAUUCAUAAAAUGGAUGGAUAUUCGUGUGAUGGUGUUCAGGGAAUUUGCUUUGGAGGAAGAUGCAAAACCAGGGAUAGACAGUGCAAAUACAUCUGGGGGCAAAAGGUGACAGCAUCAGACAAAUAUUGCUAUGAGAAACUGAAUAUCGAGGGGACGGAGAAGGGUAACUGUGGGAAAGACAAAGAUACAUGGAUACAGUGCAACAAACGGGAUGUGCUUUGUGGUUACCUUUUGUGUACCAAUAUUGGCAAUAUCCCAAGGCUUGGAGAACUCGAUGGUGAAAUCACAUCUACUUUAGUUGUGCAGCAAGGAAGAACAUUAAACUGCAGUGGUGGGCAUGUUAAGCUUGAAGAAGAUGUAGAUCUUGGCUAUGUGGAAGAUGGGACACCUUGUGGUCCCCAAAUGAUGUGUUUAGAACACAGGUGUCUUCCUGUGGCUUCUUUCAACUUUAGUACUUGCUUGAGCAGUAAAGAAGGCACUAUUUGCUCAGGAAAUGGAGUUUGCAGUAAUGAGCUGAAGUGUGUGUGUAACAGACACUGGAUAGGUUCUGACUGCAACACUUACUUCCCUCACAAUGAUGAUGCAAAGACUGGUAUUACUCUGUCUGGCAAUGGUGUUGCUGGCACCAAUAUCAUAAUAGGCAUAAUUGCUGGCACCAUUUUAGUGCUGGCCCUCAUAUUAGGAAUAACUGCGUGGGGUUAUAAAAACUAUCGAGAACAGAGACAGUUACCCCAGGGAGAUUAUGUAAAAAAGCCUGGAGAUGGUGACUCUUUUUAUAGCGACAUUCCUCCCGGAGUCAGCACAAACUCAGCAUCUAGUUCUAAGAAGAGGUCUGCUUUUCUGUCGCAUUUUCAGAUUUCUACCUGUUCCAUCACACAUUAUUCCAUUAGUCAGAACAUUUCAUUAUUUUGCAGCAGGUCAAAUGGGUUGUCUCAUUCUUGGAGUGAAAGGAUUCCAGACACAAAACAUAUUUCAGACAUCUGUGAAAAUGGGCGACCUCGAAGUAACUCUUGGCAAGGUAACCUGGGAGGCAACAAAAAGAAAAUCAGAGGCAAAAGAUUUAGACCUCGGUCUAAUUCAACUGAGAGGGAGCCCCAAGCACCUGAGCCUGGGCACUCCCUCGCCCAGACAGUCCCAUCCCAAGGCAUAAGCCCAGGGGGCUCUGACAGCCCCCAGACAGGGAGUCUGGAUCACAGGUAUUUAAACCCAUGGUUCAAAAGAGACUAUAAUGUAGCUAAGUGGGUAGAAGAUGUGAAUAAAAACACUGAAGGACCAUACUUUAGGACUUUAUCUCCUGCCAAGUCUCCUUCUUCAUCAACUGGGUCUAUUGCCUCCAGCAGAAAAUACCCUUACCCAAUGCCUCCACUUCCUGAUGAGGAGAAGAAAGUGAACCGACAAAGUGCAAGGCUAUGGGAGACAUCCAUUUAAGAUCAACUGUUUACAUGUGAUACAUCGAAAACUGUUUACUUCAACUUUUAUAGAAACCCAGGCUCUUGGAAUCACUGCAAAUCUAUCUGCUCUUCAGACAAUACGAAGACCCUCUGAGAUGCUACAGAGGAGAGGAAGUGGAGUCUCACAUCUGGUUACCAUUUUCUUUUUGUCAUUGGCUUAGGGUUUAACUGAAUCAUGAAAAGAACUACUGAAAUGUUACACUAUAACAUGGAACAAUAAAGGUACUGGUAUGUUAACAGAUAAUCCGCAUGACAGAUAAGAUGUAGAAAUAUCCAUAAAGUUAACUCACAUGACCCAAAUGUAGCAAGUUUCCUAAGGGACAAUAGUGGAUUCAGAACUUGAUGUUCUGAAGCACAUCCUCACUGUAAACACUAAUGCUAUAUGCAUGAAGCUUCUGUUUAUUGUUUUCCAUAUUUAAGGAAACAACAUCCCAUAAUAGAAACGAGCAUGCAGGGCUAAGGCAUAUAGGAUUUUUCUGCAGGACUUUAAAGCUUUGAGAGGCCAAUAUCCCAUAGGCUAACUUUAAACAUGUAUUUUAAUUUUUGUUUUGUUUUUUACUUUUCAUAUUUAUAUUAGCAUACAAGGACAAUUGUAUAUAUGUAACAUUUUUAAAAUUUAAAAAAAUGCAGCUGUUACACACAAGUGUAUUUUGCCAAAUGCCUAAAAAUUCAGUCACAAUCACAUCAUCGUCAUCCAUCCAGUGAUCUUCAAAGACUAUAAGCAGGUAAUGUAAAUAUAGUGGUCAGUGCUGUAAAUGUGUCUCUCCAUAAUUGGUAUUUGUCUAAAACAUGUGAUAUCCCUUUAACCUGUGCACAGUCUGGAGGCGCAGUUUUAUUGAGUAAGUAAUUGAGUGAGAGAACUAAAUGCCCAGCAAAACUUCUGGCCUCCACAGUUUGCUGAUGCAGGAGCCCACUCUGCUCCCGAUGGGCAGCUCCCUGGACAUCAUCCAUCCCAUCCAUCCAUCCCAUCUCAUCCCAGUGAGCCAGCCCCUCAGCAAUGUGUCCUGCUGAGAUUAAGCAAGUGCACCAAAGACACAUGAGACCACGUACUGCCAGCGAGCUGGUAGCUUCUGACUUGCCAAUACUCUAACCCUUUGUGGCCUGAAGUUUUGUUCCUUGACAAAACUUUUCAGUCACCCUUAUCUGUGAAAUGAAUGACUUGUUUUAACAAAAACAACUUUGACACUAUUGAUUAAGAAUAUUUAUCAUCACUGGGAUGUGAAUCCCAACAAGUCAUUCUGCACUCACUCUGGAGCAAGAUGAUGGAAGAUUCUACUGUUUGAGUUGGGUAGCCUCAACCGUUCAUAAAGGGUUAAGUUAGAUCUAAACCACAGAGAUGCAGCAACUGCAGAGCUACACUAACAGCUGGCAGGGGGAAAGAAUCUGAUGCUUUGAACCAUAUAUUUUUUAAUCCAUAGGAAAAUAGGAUUCUAUUUUAAAAGACCCUUCUUUAAAACCAAAGUUUGAUAACUGUUAUAAUGGCAGAUCUGUCAUUCCAAAAGAAAGCUAGCUACCCUAGUGAGACUGGAGAUUGAUGGGCUCAAUCACAUGGUCUGCUCUGAAGUAUACUUCUGAUUUGCUAAUUUUCUGUGUGUUCUUAAGAGGUAUGGAACCUGCAGACAGGGUUUCAGAAAUAAUCUCUAAAUUUGAUCCUCUUCCAUAGUAUCCAUGGACAAAAUCCAUAUCAUCUUCAUAUGUAAUCAAAUUGAUUACAUAUGAUGCCCAAACUGAAGGGCCGAGUUAGAAGGCAGCAUUUUGUGCUUUGUGUUUAUGUCUUCGGUAAUGGACCUCUCUUUUGAAAGUCUUUGAAAUGGUUGGAAAACAAUUUAAUGAUCCAAAAUUACAUAAUGUAAAACAGCAUUUUUCAUGACAGGAAGGGAUGUGAUUGUUAAUAUGACCGUAAAGUGAUCCAUCAGGCCAAGGUUUGGGUGAGUGUUGGGCACUGUUGCCACAUAGCUCAAGCCAAGAACAGAAGGGCAGACAGAUUGAAAGAUGUAGCAAAUAAAGUGACUUUUUACCAAGAUCACUGUAACGUGCACUGAAUGUUUCCUGGUAUUGAGUGUAUAAAAGGCUAAUGCUAUAAGGUUUAUUUUGACUAUAAAAGAGUUUAUAGAUUUGAAUAUAAGGUGCCUCAUGUAAAUAUGCUUCCUAGUUACAGGUACACAAACUCUAAUUUGAAAGAAUCCACAAAUGGCUAGCUGAGAAGUUAACAGAUCUCUGUCUAUCAUCCAUCCAUGUGUCUUUCUUCCUUCACCUCAGUUAUUUUUACAUGAAAUUAUUAUUUCAAAUGAAAAUCAUUAUCAUGUGCCUUUUGGGAGACAUGGUUGCUCUAGAGGUAUAUAGUUUGUAAUUACCCUCUUUGGAAGCUCCACCUUCCUGUGGAACUGAAUAAAAAUUUUUAUGUUUUAUUUUUAGAGAUUAUGAUUUUAGGUAUACAGUAACUUUAAUGUUCUAUUCUUGGAAUCUACUCUAUCUCCCAUGUUUAAACAUUCUUAGAGCCAUUUGUGGGAUUCAUUGACAAAUUUAUAGUCUCAAGGGAGAGUUUCAAGAAGUAUCUGUAUAUAUACUCAUGGUUUGGGGUUCUAGAGGCGUUACAUCUAAAUAUUUAUGACUUUUCAUCCACUGAGGUAGGUAGCAUUAAAUAUACAAGCACAGCAUUAUUUCUCUUUAAAUAACUGUUUUGAAGAGAAACUUUGAGGCCAUAUAACAGUUUAUAUCAUGCAACUAAUAUUUAUAUUUCCCAAUCCACUAAAAAAUCAUUGCUAAGCAGAAGAGAGCAGUUAUUUGGCCUUUAUGUUUCAUUGUAUGCCUUUUCCCCCUCUUUCUAAAGUUUGAUGCAUUGAUAAGACUACAGAUUGGCACCCAGCUGCCCGAGAUGUUCCAUUUAUCCAUAGUCGUUGUAGUGCAGUCAACUCUGAUUUAAAGGAACAUUUAAAUCUCUCCAGUAAGUGUCAACAGGAAGGCGUGGGAUAGCAGGGAGUCCUUACAGAGUGGACUGGCCACAUGAACUGUCCUCUGCAUCCAGCCACUCUUUAUUUAGAUGGGAAGUGGCAUGGUCCUCUGAACGCUGCAGGCUGGAAAUGAUCCCCAGGGCACAUGCAAUCUGUGGAAAGGAAUAAAUCAGACAGUGCAACAUGAUGAGGGCUUUCAAUUUGCUCUGGUUGCUGUAUUUUUAACAAGAAACCCAGAGCUUCGAUUAGGAAUAACCUAUCAGAGUUGUUCCUUUAAAAAAAUAUUGAUGAAUAAAGCAAAUGUGGGCUUAAAAUGCCAACUUAUUUUUCACUUUGAUAUUGGUGCUUUAUUAAGUGAUGCCAUAGUUUGUCUCUUUUCCCUCUCACUUUAAAAAGAAUUUUAAAAUUGUGUUUGUAUAUAAGGUCAGUCCGGCAUAGAAUUUCUGAAAGUAACAUUAAUAGGGUUUCUAAAGAAGUUGUCAGAAAGACAAAAUUAGAUAUUCUGUGCACUUUCCAAGAAGGACUCUUUAUGUUUGAAUUUCAAAACAGGCUUACAUUUCUUUUCUGUUGAUUCCCUUGCAUAUCUACAUAAUUUAAUCCUGUCUAUUGUCCCAGGUCUCUUAUGGCUACUUUACCUGUUACCUUUAUUGGAAUUUUGUUCUUUAUGUUUUAUAGUUACCUUUGGACCAGAAGAUAUAUGAUAUUUUUAUUCAUUUUUUUUCAGUGUUUUAAAAUAAGGUUUGUUCAUUUUAUCCAUUCAUUUCCUAUUGUCAUGUAGUUCUAUUUUAACCAUAUAUAUAUAGUAUUUUAAAUAAAUUUUCUUAUGUUAUUAUUUAACACAAUAAUAAAUCCUUAUCUAAA